AUUUGUUCUGCGUGUAACUCACGCUUCAUCUCACAAUGGGUACUACAGGAAUUUCACUUACCCCCCACCCCCGCCAGCUCUUUCGUGUCAUUUCUCUAUGCAGAAAUUGUUACUCCAAUUUCACCUAAAAUUUCUCCAUUUUAGGCGUGAAUCGAAUUUUCACUUUUCUCGAUUUUCAGUAUUUGCUUUAUGAAUUUGAUUACUUUGUGUUUGUUUGUUUACUUAAUUUUACAUUCCCAGAUUCAUAAAUGACAUUCUAAGAAAAAUGGAAUUGAAGAAUUUUUUUUGGGGUUCUUUAGGGUUUUAACUUCAAAAUUUAGGUUUAAGAGGAGACUAAUACAGAAAUGUGGGAUGCAAGAAGGCCUCAUUUUCUUGUGGGUUUUAACCCUUCAAUCCAUUCUGAAACAUUGAAAAUUCCAUCAAAAUUCAUUAAACAUAUGGAAGGAAAAGCUUCUGGAACAGCAUUUUUGGUGGGUCCCAGUGGAAAUUCUUGGCCUAUGGACUUAAUACAGCAAGAUGAUGGUUUAUUCUUCCACAAUGGAUGGGCUUCAUUAGUUAAAGAUCACUGCCUUGAAAGUGGGGAUGCUUUGGUUUUCAGAUAUGACGGUGAUUUGCAUUUCACUGUGCUAGCAUUUGAUGAAAGUUCAUGUGAGAAGGAAGCUGCUUAUAACGCUGACUGCAGUCAAGGAGCAACAAACUUGUACAAUCUUGCUUUGAAAAAAAGAGACCGAGGAAACUCAGCUUUACUAGAAUGCGUUGUUGAAGGUGUUCCUAAGAAAAUGCGAAGCACUCAGAUCCCUUCCGAAUGCACAGCAGAAGACGCAGUUUGCUCAAAUGGAAGAAUUUAUACUUCUAGCUUUCUGAAUGAAAUGGAGAAUGCUGGAAAUGCAUCAAGCAAUACAGUUACCAUCGCUGUGCCAUCUCAAACAGAGAUUGUCUGCAGUAACUCAGAGGUGAAAACAGGCAAUGGUACCUCCGAAGAACCUAUGUGGUUGUCUGCACAAGAAGCAGAAAAGGUUGCCCGUUCGUUUACCUCGAGUUUCCCCAACUUUACGAAAGUUAUGAAGAGAUUCAACGUUAGUGGUUCAUACACCCUGAACAUCCCUUAUCAAUUUGCCACAGAACACCUACCCAAAUGCAAAGUGAAGAUUUUACUUCACAAUUUAAAGGGAAAAACUUGGACCGUGAAUUCAAUCCCGACUACAAGAGUACAAACAUCACAUACCUUUUGCGGAGGGUGGUUAUCCUUUGUUCGCGACAAUAACAUUGAUUUGGGAGAUAUCUGCAUCUUUGAGCUUGUCCGUAAGUGUGAAUUGCGCGUGCAUGUUCUGAGGGUGGAAAAGGAAGGAAAUGAUUACAGUAGUAAGGUAGCAAAGGCCAAGACAUUUGCUAAAAAAGGAUCUGCUCAUGGCAAAGAGAAACAUAGUAAUAUGUUGAAGAGUCAUCAGCUCUGUUUGUCAAAGAUUAGCAGUGGAGAUUCAGUAAUCAGGAAACCUGCUCAGGAUAAACAGGGUUCUUUCACCAAAAGCUGCAUGUCAAUGAAAUCAGUACCUGAAGAGAAAUUAGCUGCUGAAUCUUUCAUUUCUAAUUUUCCUCAUUUUGUAAGAAUCAUGAAAAAGUUCAAUAUUAGUGGCUCUUACACUCUGGUGAGUAGUUUUUUGCAUGUUAUAUCUUUUUAUAUAUUGUUAUUGUCCAGACGUUUUCCAUCCCAUUUGAUUCAUUCAUUAUUUCUCAAAUUAUAUGUCAAGGACAUUGUUUGCCAACAUGACGAAUGA